CUCUCCUCCUCCCUCCUCCUCCUCCUCGUCACGCACGCGGCCAUGCCGUCUCGUCUCGACAACUCCGUCCGCGAAGGAAUCCCCCCCCCUACCCCACGGCCACGCGCACGCCCGCGUCCACUGGCCGAGCUCCUCCCGCGCGUGGCGGUCACGCCAAUCGGAGAGAGAGAGAGAGAGAGUGAGGCAGAGAGCCGCAUAGUAGGCACGCGGCCCACGCCACGACCGACCACGGCGCGGCGGGAGCGACGAUGAAGGCCGACGCCAAGUGGCCCGUGAUGGUGGGCGGCGGCGGCGGGAGGCGCGCGGCGCCCGCGGUGGCGUACAACCUCCUCGCCGCCUCCCCGCCCGCCAGCGACGGCGACGAGGGCUGCCCGCCUGCGGCGGGCCCCGACGACGAGGCGUCCCACUCGUUCGAGUCCCGGUGGCACGGCGUGGCGGACUGGCUGCGGCUGCAGAGGCAGUCGAGCGGGAGCAGCGCCGCCGGCGACGACGGGGACGGCUCCUCCUCUGUCUCCACCCUCGCCACCGCGGACAAGGGCGACCCCGCGGAUCGCCCUCCCGGCAGUAGCGGCGGCAGCAAGAGCUGGGCGCAGCAGGCGGAGGAGGCAUACCAGCUCCAGCUCGCUCUCGCGCUCCGUCUCUGCUCCGAGGCCGCCACCGCCUCUGACCCCAACCUCCUCGAAUCCGCCGCAGCGUCCGACCACCACCACGCGGCCUCGCCCCAAUCCAUCUCACACCGCUUCUGGGUGAACGGCAGCUUGUCCUACUCCGACAAGGUCCCCGAUGGCUUCUACCUCAUCCAGGGGAUGGAUCCCUUCGUAUGGACUCUCUGCAAUGACGACACCCGAGUGCCCUCGAUCGAGUCUCUCAGGGCUGUGAAUCCCACGGAGUCCUCCAUCGAGGUGGUCCUCAUAGAUAGGAUGGCCGACUAUGAUCUGAGGCAACUGAUAAGCACGGCAAUUGACGUUUCACGGAGCCGUGCUGACUACAAGGAAAUCACCACUCGCAUUGCUGGCAUUGUGUCCUCAAAGAUGGGGGGUUCCGUAGCAUCUACCGAAGAACAUGAACUGUGUCCCCAGUGGAGAGACUCUGCUGGGUUCCUGAAUAUUAGUUCAGGUUCUGUUGUGCUUCCAAUUGGGAAGUUAUCAAUUGGUCUUUGCCGGCACCGAGCAUUGCUGUUUAAGACCCUAGCAGACACUAUCAAUCUCCCAUGUCGAGUUGUGACGGGAUGCAGGUACUGCAAAUCUGCGGGUGCUGCCUCAUGCUUGGUGCACUUUGGCCAUGACAGGGAAUAUCUGGUUGAUUUGAUAGGGAACCCAGGCUUCUUAUCUGAACCUGACUCCCUCUUAAAUGGACUCUCAUCCAUUUCAGUUUCGUCACCAUUGCGCCCACCAAAAUACAAUUCAGCUGAUAUUGUUAAUAAUUUCAAGUCAUUGGCGAAGCAAUAUUUCCUUGAUUGCCAAUCACUAAAUAUGAUGUUCAAUGAUCCAACAACAGGAACGGUUGUUGACUUAGAUGAAGCUAUAGGAUCAAAUAUUGGUCCAAACUUAUUGCCUGCAACAAACAGCGAUUUUCAAGCUACCAUUUCUUAUCAUAGUCGUGGUGCUCAGUCCAGUAGUCAGGAUGGAAAAAAUGUUGUGCAAAAGAGUUUUCUUGAGGAUACUCAAUCUGCACAUAGUGACCCCUUCAGUGAUAUAUCUAUCGACAGCGAAGACUUGAUUAUUCCAUGGAGUGAACUUGUUUUGAAAGAGAAAAUUGGAGCUGGCUCAUUUGGAACUGUGCAACGUGCUGAUUGGAAUGGCUCGGAUGUUGCUGUGAAGAUUCUAAUGGAGCAAGACUUCCACCCACAGCGUCUCAAAGAAUUUCUUAGAGAGGUUGCAAUUAUGAAAAGUCUGCGGCAUCCAAACAUUGUUCUUUUUAUGGGUGCUGUUACACAGCCGCCUAACCUUUCAAUUGUGACAGAAUAUCUGUCAAGAGGUAGCCUAUACAGGAUUUUGCACAAGCAUGGUGCAAGGGAAAAUCUAGAUGAGAAGCGGCGAUUGAGUAUGGCUUUUGACGUGGCUAGGGGGAUGAAUUACCUUCACAAGCGCAACCCUCCUAUAGUCCACCGGGAUCUAAAGUCACCAAACCUGUUGGUUGAUAAAAAGUACACUGUGAAGGUCUGUGACUUUGGUCUCUCCAGAUUGAAGGCCAACACAUUUUUGUCUUCCAAGACUGCAGCAGGGACUCCUGAGUGGAUGGCACCAGAAGUUAUACGAGAUGAGCCAUCAAAUGAGAAGUCUGAUGUGUACAGCUUUGGUGUUAUCCUAUGGGAGCUCAUGACAUUGCAACAACCCUGGAGUACUUUAAAUCCAGCUCAGGUUGUAGCAGCUGUUGGUUUUAAUGGGCGAAGGCUCGACAUUCCAAGUAGUGUUGAUCCAAAAGUGGCAGCAAUAAUUGAAUCCUGCUGGACAAAAGAACCCUGGAGACGGCCCUCUUUUGCCAGUAUCAUGGAAUCCCUGAAACCUCUAAUCAAAACUCCCCAUCAACUUCAAGAGGAUAUCAGUUAACGGUUCAUGAGCACCUUCAAAAUUUUGAAGAUACGGGCUUUUGACAACUUACAAGGUGACUAGCUAUCUUAGUCAUUAAUUUUAUAUGUUUGAAUUCAAACAUUCUUCUUCUUUUGACUUCUGAUACUUGUCAGUAAUAUUUUUGCUCCGGAAACUAUUUAAGUUCAUAGCUCUUCCAUAAACUGCUAAAUUAGUUAUUGGCUUAUUGCAUCAACAAAGUUCAUUUUUCAUCAUGAUGUAUAUAUUCAUACCAUGAUGUACCGUACAUACAAAAUGAACAGACAACUGAAAUAAAGCCCAUCAUUUCGUUGGCCUCGGCUAACGCUU